AUGUCAAAACAUUUUGCAUAUGAAGGUAGUAGUGAAAGUUUAGAAGACUCCAUAGACUAUCUUGAACGAAAUUAUCUUCGCACUCACCCAUCUGAAGACCAUCUAGGCUAUUUCUAUCCUGAUUCUUUGCGUGGGAAUCGCCACUCUCAUCUAUCGAAUUCCUCGACAAUUCCUAAACGAUCCCGGAAUCACCGACAUCAUGACCACCAUAACUUGAAACGUGAAAUUGAGCAGAUGAAAAUGAUGUACGGUGACAAAACAGAACAUAUGCUGCGUUUGGAAAUUCUAUUCCAAAGAGCUCUCAAUCAAUUAACUCUUGAGCUCGAUUCCAUUGAAGAAAAACGAAAUCGAAUCUCGAUGCUGGAAGCCAAAAUCACCGAAAAAUUAGAAUCCUCGAGGACCCCAGGCAUGGGCUUUGGAGGUGCAUUUCCAACACAGCGCAGAGGCGUUUCGCGAUCACCUGGCGAUUUUUCAUUUUCAAACAAUGAAGGUGAUGAGACUACGAAUUUUUCAUUUGGAGAAAUUGAUGAAAACAUCGAAGUCCACCUACCUUACAACCCUGAUGCUAUCGAAUUUGAGCGAUUCCUAAAAAAGCACGAAAAAAGCAUGCCGUCAAGUGUGAAAUCUGAUGGCUUGGAAGAGCAUGAACAACUCUAUAUCCCAUACAUAUACCAUCCUUCUAAAACUGGGCUUGAAGACUUCGAAAGUUUCCCUUUGGUCCUGGGCCAAGUGAUAGCAGAAAGAUAUAAAGUUGAGUGCAUAAUUGCAUCAACUAAUUUCAGUAUUGUGGCAGAAUGCCAUGAUAUGUUCCAAAGAAAGCAAGUUUGUUUGAAAAUUAUUAAUAACCAAAAAGAAACAUUUGACCAAGGACUUGAUGAAAUUAAAGUGAUGAAGACUUUGGAUAAAGUUUGCAAUGGAGACCUCGAAGGAAAAUUUAUCGUGAAGAUGCUUGAUUUCUUUUACUUCCGGCAAUGCUUGUUUAUUGUCUAUGAAAUCCUUGGAGAAAAUUUGUUUGUGAUAAAUUCCCACCCUGACCUAUCAUAUUUACUACAAGGUGAAAGACUAAAAAGAAUUGUCAGACAAAUUUUAACUGGUUUAGAUUUUAUUCACUCACAAGGCAUUAUUCAUGCUGAUAUCAAGCCAGAAAACAUUUUACUAACAAAAAAGAUAAGAAAACAGUCCAAUCGUCAGCCAAAGCUUGAAAUAAGACUAGUUGACUUUGGAAGCAGCUGCUUUAUUACUGAUGAACUAACCACUUAUAUUCAGUCAAAAGCCUAUAGAUCUCCUGAGGUCAUGCUAGGCGCUCCAUACGAUACAAAAAUCGAUAUAUGGAGUCUUGGCUGUGUCAUAGGAGAGAUCUUAAGUGGAGAUAUUUUAUUUAUGGCAGACGACAUCCCUGAAACUCUUUAUAAAAUAAAAUUAUGCACUGGAGAAGUUCCAAGAGAAGGGAAACUCGUUGAUCUCUAUAUAAAUGAAGACGGAACUAUAAAAGGAGAAGAAAGCCUCGACAUUCAUAUGAAAACCCUUGAAGAAAUAGCUUCAGGCGACACACUUUUGUAUGAAUUUUUAAGGCUCCUUUUAAGAAUUGAUCCCACAAAUAGACCAUCAGCCAGUGAAGCUCUUGCACAUCCAUGGCUGCAUUGAUCGUCAUAA